AUGGACGGCAGCCCGCUAGAGGGCACCAUCCCGGCCACGCUCGACUUUCCGCCCGUCGCACCACCCGCCAGGCCGCGCGCCGUGUACGGUCACCCCUCGCACUCGCCCGCCGCAGCUCCUUCGCCCGCAUCCUCGACCGCGACCACCAACAAGCGCAAGAGCGUCGGCGCAGAUGCUCCCGUCCACGACCACAAGGCCAAGGCCAAAGCCCCGGCACCCCACCACCAGGACGACGACUCGGACGAUGACGGCCAGCUCGGCGCAGACGGCAAGCCCAAGAAGAAGCGCAACCGCGUCGCCCUGUCGUGCGCCGAGUGCAAGCGGCGCAAGAUCAAGUGCGACCGCGUCAUGCCCGUGUGCGGCAACUGCACCAAGCGCGGUCGUCCCUCCGAGUGCGCGUGGGACGUCUUCCAGCCCGCCAACGACGCCUUCCUCCCGCCCUCGAUCGCGCGCACCUCGGAGCUCGAGUCGCUCGCGCACCGCCUCGCCCACGUCGAGCGCUACCUCCAGACGCUCCCGCCCAACUUUGCCCUGUUUCGCCCGAUCGCGCCGGGCUCGGGUGUGAGUGCGGGAGGAGCAGCGGGAGGCGCGGGCAGUCAAGGAGGCGGACAGGUCGUGCAGGCCGGCAGGAGGGGAGCGGGUCAGGGCGCGAGGGCGGAUCGAGAGGGCGAGGACGGCUACUCGGACACGGAGGACGCGGCCGUCUCGCUCGAGAACGGCGUCUUUGCCUCGCGCGUCGGCCUCGACGCGGCCAACCCUUCAACAAAACCCUCCCUCCUCGCACCUCGUCCGCCCCUCCAGCACGCCUCGUCCUCGAUGGGCCCGGGCAGCAGCCUCAACGGCGGCGGCGGCGGCGGCGCGAGUGCCGGCGGCGGUCGCGCCCGUCGCGGCUCGCACGUCCGCUUCGGCGCCCCGCCGCUCGAGCUCACCAAGGCGCUCACGUGCAUCGUCUCGUCGGCGUCGGCCUCGGCGCCCUCGGCGUCGCUCAAGGCGCACCUCCUCGUCGACUUUGACGCGACGCUCGACGACGUGCGCGACGCGCGCACGGCCGAGGUCGAGCGCAUCGUGAGGACGCUCCCCGGCCGACAGGCGACGGCGUUCCUCGUCGAGCGGUACUUUGGCAGCGUCAACUGGCUGUUCCACCACCUUCAUGCUCCAUCGUUCCGCGCCGAGCUCGACGCCUUCCAAGCCUUGUGCGACGCCUCUCGCGCCGACGACGUCGACCUCACCUGGCUCGCCCUCCUCCUCAUGGUCCUCUGCCUCGCCCUCGACAGCAUGCACUACUCGCGCUCGCCCCUCGCCCUCUCGUCGUCUACUUCUUCGUCUACGCCUUCCGCCGGCGUCGGCGCCGGCGCCGGUGCGUCAUCGUCGUCGGGCACGGGCUCGAGCGGCGACGACAAGGGCCACAAGGGCAAGCUCGUCGGCGAGGGGACGCCGCUCGAGCAGUACAGCGAGGAGCAGCUCAAGGCGCUGCCCGAGCGGUGGCACGCCGCGAGCGUGCGCGCGCUCAAGCUCGCAGAGUGGGAGAAGGCGCCCCGCAUCCGGUCGAUCCAGACCAUCGUCCUGUACACGCAGUACCUCCAGCUGUCGUCGGCCGCACGAGGUCAGCCGUCCCAGCUCGUGUGGCUCGCCGGCGCGAUCCGGCUCGCCCAGGUCCUCAACUUGCACCUCCUUGGCUCGAACCCGGAAACGAUGCCGCCCGAGGACCCCGCGUUCCCGCCGGGCAAGAACUCGCUCAAGCGCGAGAUGGCCAAGCGGCUGUGGGCUGUGCUCGUGUACCAGGACUGGCUCGCCGCCAACUCGAAGAACCGGUGCUACCUCAUCUCGCCCGCCCACUGCGACACGGACGACCCGCUCAACGUCAACGACACGGACCUGUCGCCCUCGACAACCGCCCUCGCUCCUGCCCCGUCGUCCGUCCUCACCGACUCGUCGGCCGACCGCGUCCGCAUCGCCAUGGCGCGCCAAGUGCGCGCCGUCUUCGACCGGGUCGUCCUCGCGCGCGACUGGGGCUACGACACGGUGCUCGACCUCGACAGCGGCUUCCGCACCAUCCUCGCCGAGCUCCCCGAGCGCUGGACGCUCGCCGCCGACGAGCAGGAGGACCCCAUGCUCCGGUUCCAGCGCCACUUUGUCCUCGAGGGCCUCCACAACCGCAUCUUUCGCCUGCACCGGCCCCUCCUCAGCAAGGCUCACAAGAACCCCAAGUACAAGUUCUCGGCUGAGGCCUGCCUCAAGUCGGCUCGCGCCGUCGUCGUCUCGACCCACAACAUACGAGAAGCCGUCGCCGACGUCCCUUACACCUACUCGCACGUCUUUGGCGCCGCCCUCGUCCUCUUCAACGACCUCUUCCAGGCCAUCGACCACGACGGCUCGGCGACCGAGAUCGACUCGAAGGUCGAGACGCUCCAGCUCGCGCUCGAGAUCUUUACGUCCAAGCCGUCGUCGGCCGCCCUGUCGCACACGGUCCAGCAGGCGCACAAGAUCCUGUCGGGCCUCUUUCGCGAGGAGGAACGUCGCCGGCAGGCCCGGGCGGCAAAGGCGCUCAUGCGCGCCGCGGCGGGCGCGGCCGGGCACGACCCGCACGACGCCGACGCUGCGCUCGACGACGCGGCCGACGACCAGGGCACGUUCGCCGACGUGCUGCACCGCAUCGCGCGCAGCCUCGACGCCGACUCGGCGCCGCACCGCGGCACGCCGCCCCCGACGAGGAACCUCCCCUCGUCCAAGAAGGCUGGCGGCGCGGCCUCGGCCUCGCUCGCGACGGCCGGCAUGCCGGCGUCGUACCUCGCUAUGGGCGGCGCCGGCGGUGCGACGAGCGGCGCGGCCUCGCUCCUCGGCGGCGCGGGCGCAGGCCCGACGGACCUCGCCGUCCCGGUCCUCGCCGCGCCGCUCGGCGGCGGCGGCGGCGGCGGCGGCACGAGCGGCGGCGGCCCGCUCGACGGCGCCUACUCGGCACCAGACUCGAGCAUGGGCCUGACGUCGCUCGCGCCCGCCGCCUCGGCGCUCGCUCCCGUCCCGUCGUCGCUCACGCCCGACUCGUCGUGGCCCUUUUCGGCCCCGGGCGACGGCGCCGGCGUCGGCGGCAUGGUCGGUGGCGGCGGCGCCGGUGGUGCGGGUGGGGGAGCGGGAGGGUUCAGCAGCGCGUUUGACGCGGCCGACGGGCUCGACUUUGGGCUCGGCGCGUUCGGGUUCGCGAGCGGCGACCCGUUCGGGCUUGGGCUCGGCGGCGACCCCGGCAUGGACCUCGAGGUUGGCGGUGGUGGCGGGCUCGGCGACGGCGGAGGCGGCGGCGGUAUGCUGGGCGGCGGUGGAGCUGGCGGCAUGGGCGCGCUAGAGAGCUUUGCGAUGGGGCAGCCGUCGUGGGACUCGGGGGCGGCGGCGACAGGGCAGCAGACGGUCGGGAUGACGGACGCUGAAGCUGCGGCGGCUUAUUGGGGCACGGGCGGGGGCGGCGGGAGGAGCGGGUCUGGGUGGUGAAGAGGCUCGAGCGCAGACGUGACGGCCGAUAGAGCUAUCGCUGCAACACCAUUAUUCUUCGCUCUCUU